UCCCCCGCAAUUCUUCUCCAUGUCGUCGGACUCGUGUUUCUCCCCUCUUGGCACUUUGCAUUCAUCAUAGAACUCACUGCCUGUUGAGAGACUCGUGCAAUUGCAUUCUGUCUGCUUUCUGUCACAUUUCUUUGUCUCCCCGUUCCUUUGUACCCACAUCAUCAUCACCAUGGUAGAGACAGGUCUUCCAGCCGGAUGGGAGGUCCGCCACUCCAACUCCAAGAACCUCCCUUACUACUUCAACCCGUCGAUUAAAGAGUCUCGCUGGGAACCGCCCGCCGGCACGGACACCGAAACCCUCAAAGUCUACAUGGCAAACUACCACAGCGGCCCCGCAGGUCGGCCUGACGGUGUCAGCCAGGGCGAGGGGAAGAUCCGCUGCAGCCAUCUUCUCGUGAAGCACAGAGACAGCAGACGACCUAGCAGUUGGCGCGAGGCGGAGAUCACUCGGUCCAAGGAGGAAGCUAUCGAGAUUCUUCGGGGCCACGAGCAGCGCAUUCAGUCGGGCGAAGCGACUUUGGGAGAUAUUGCGAUGUCGGAAUCGGAUUGCAGCAGUGCCCGGAAGAGGGGCGAUUUGGGCUUUUUCGGACGCGGCGAGAUGCAGAAGGAAUUCGAAGAUGCGGCUUUCGCCUUGCAGCCGGGCCAGGUCAGCGGUAUUGUGGAGACGGCUUCUGGCGCGCAUCUUAUUGAACGCGUCCAGUAAACUUGAACUUACGGAUAUUAUGCAUACUAAAUAUGAGAUUAGAAACUUGGAAUAAAUUUGUCAAUUCAUCCCUGUUUUCCUUUUGCUAGAAGCAGUCAAUGAUAUCUGAAUGAGCAGUUCAGCCCAACAAUCAUUACAUACCAUCCAACUACAAG